AUGGCUAUUCUUUCAUCUGCUACCCCUCAACUUAUACAAAUCAUCGAGCAGAACCCUAUAAUCUGUAUCGUUCUUGCUCCUAUACUGAUAUUUGCCAUUUAUAUACUGGCAAAUGAAGUAUAUCGGUAUAAUCUCCGGAUCCCCUCUUUCUCAGGCCCUGUUGGUCAUCCUAUCUAUGGAAAUAUUCUACAAACAGGAAGCAACCCUGCUGAACAGUAUAAGCAAUGGGGUUCUAAAUAUGGCGAUGUCUACCAAGUCCAACUUGGAAACAACCCCAUUUUGAUUGUCAACUCGGCGUCCAAGGCUAAGGAAAUCUUUCUUAGUAAUUCAAGAAGUACUAAUUCACGUCCAAUGACUUAUACUUUCCAUAGAAUUGUUUCAUCUACUGCAGGGUUUACCAUUGGUAGCUCACCCAUGGAUGAGUCUCUCAAGAGACGUCGGAAGGCUGCUGCUUCAGCAUUGAAUAAGCCUGCUGUUCAAUCGUAUGUCCCUCAUAUUGACCUUGAGACUGAGGAGUUUAUCAGAGAUGUUUUUGUUCGAGGAAAGGCAGGAAAAGUUGCACUUAACCCUCUUCCUAUUGUCAGAAGGCUCAGUUUGAACUUGAGUCUCACAUUAAAUUGGGGUACUCGUAUCAGCAGUAUCGAUGAUCCACUAUUCAAUGAGAUCAUUGAGGUUGAAGAUCAUGUCUCUUCAUUCAGAAGUGUCACCGCCAAUUUACAAGACUAUGUGCCGUUCUACAGACUCAAUCCUUUUAGCAAAGAUUCCAAGCUUGCUGCUGAGACCCGUCAAAGAAGAGAUGUUUAUCUUACUAAACUAAACAAAGAGUUAGAUGAGAAGAUUGCCAACAAGACAUACAAACCUUGUAUUCAGGCCAAUGUUCUUUUGGAUCCCGAAGCCAAACUCAGCUCAGAAGAGCUGAUGUCUCUUAGUGUUACUAUGAUCAAUGCUGGUUUGGAUACUGUGAUUGUGACUAUCGUAUGGGGAAUCGCAUUACUUGCGACUCGUCCUGAUAUUCAAGAAAAGGCCUAUAUGGCUAUUCGAGAUAUGUUUCCCGAAAAUGAGCCAUUUUGUGAUCCAUCUGAGGACCAGAAGUGCGCUUAUGUAACAGCAUUUGUUCGUGAAACUCUAAGAUAUUUCACCCCUCUACGUCUAUCUCUUCCCAGAACCACAUCUUCGCCAUUCAUGCUUGAUGGAAAGAAGGUUCCUAAGGGCACAACGUUCUUCAUGAAUACUUGGGCAUGUAAUUAUGACCCCCAGUUGUAUGACAAGCCAGAAGAAUUCCGACCAGAACGAUUCCUUGAAAACCCAGGCCUCAGCAUGUUCUCCUACGGAACAGGUUCACGUAUGUGUGCAGGGUCACUUCUCGGCAACCGCGAGCUGUACUUGUUCUUCAUGAGACUGAUUUCUUCUUACGAGAUAUUAAAACACGAUAAUAUCAACGUGGAUCCUCUUACAGGCGUCAAGGAUUACGGUGCUCUUGGUUCGCUGCCAUAUGAUUACAAGGUCAUUUUCAAGCCACGAAACGAAGCGAUCCUGUCAGAAGCCCUUGACAACUAUAAACCUGCAGUCCACGGCUAG